UUCACUUAUUCUGUUAGACCUAAGCGCUCAUAUUCUUUCUUGUGCCUGUCUUUCAGGUAAUUUAAAUGUCUUAUCAGUUGGUUGAACUUAAUCCACGGAGAGAAAAAACAAGGUAACUGAGUUUAUUUUCUGGGGUCUUACUCAGAACCCAGCAGUUGAAGAAGUUUGCUUUGUGGUGUUUUUGUUCUUCUACGCAGUCAUCAUCCUGGUAAACCUCCUCAUCAUGCUGACAAUGUGUAUGAGCGAUCUUCUAAAGUCUCCUAUGUACUUCUUCCUCAACUCUUUGUCUUUGUGGACAUUUGUUUCUCUUCGUCCACAGCACACAAAUUGAUUCCUAAUUUAUUAGCACAGAACAAAACUAUCUCCUAUGAGGGGUGCAAUUGCAACUCUUUGGGGUACAUUUCUUCGGGUGCACUGAGAUCUUCUUCCUAAUCAUCAUGGCCUAUGAUUGCUAUGUGGCUAUCUGCAAACUGCUACACUACACGACCAUAUGGACCAGGAGAGAUGCAAUAAACUGUUACUGGGGACAUGGUUGCGUGGGUUCAUACACACUGUUAUCCCAGUGUCUCUGGUUGUCCAGCUCCUCUUCUGCGGCCCCAAUGAGAUUGAUCACUACUUUUGUGAUGUUCACCCUGUGCUGAAACUCACCUGGAAGGACACACAUCUAAUCGGAGGCGUGUUGACUGCCAACAGUGGGACCAUCACGCUGGGCAGUUUUGUCAUCCUGCUCAUCUCUUACACUGUCAUCCUGGUGUCUCGGCAGAAGCAGUCGGCAGAAGGCAGGCACAAAGCCCUCUCCACCUGCAGUGCCCACAUCACUGCGGUCAUCAUCUUCUUCGGUCCCUGUACUUUCACGUACAUGCGCCCUGAUAUCACCUUCACUGAAGAUAAGAUGGUGGCCGUGUUCUACACCAUCAUCGUGCCCAUGCUAAACCCUAUGAUUUAAACACUGAGAAAUGCAGAAGUGAAGAAUGCAAUGAGGAAACUGUGGAGCAGGAACAUUUACAGGGAGGCUCAGGGUAAAUAGUUGGAAAUAAUUUAUUUUUUAUUUUUAUUUUUUUGGCCUCACGUGCUUUAGAGCACAAAAUGUUUUUUAUUAACCAUUAAUCUUAAUACACAGAUUAAGCAGGAGUCAAAAAUAGCACAUAUUAAUAUAUUCUACUAGCAUCCUCCUUUUUCCCCUCAACUUUAAAAUGUGCCAUGUAGAUCACUAGUUCUCUCUUACAGUAGUAGAUAUUUGCAGAGAAUAGAAAUUUUGAUCUAUUUUGCAACUAUUUUUGCUGAAUCUAAAAUGACAUUAAUUGAAAAAAAAUGUUACUCAGGACAACAAGCAAAUUUCUAUCAAUUUCAUUUUAAAUGUUCGUGUCAAAGUCAGAGCUGACAUUUAAACUUUCCAAAUGAAUUUUGGUACAUUCUGAAAAUUGUUUCCAAAUUUUCAAUGUGAUCUGUCAAAAUACAGUGUCACAGCUCUGGUAAACUUUUUUUGUGGCACUUAAGAAAGAUGAAUUGUUUAAUAAAUUUCUUAUGAAUAUAUAAAAGGGGAAAAAAUCAAUGAAAUAAAUAAUUUAAACUUGGUGAUCUCAUAUUUUCUCAGCUUUGGUUAAGUCGUCUGUGUAAUGGACAAAAUAAUAACAUCACUAGAUUGUCACGUAACGGAGGAACA